AGCGACUCCACUCUCUGCUCCUUCCCACACCCCCAUUCUCUCUCCAAGUCAACAGUGGCUCCUUCUGGCGAAUGCUUCUGCUUUCUUCCUCUCUCUUUCUCUCUCCUUUGAAAUCUUUCCUCUCCUCUUUCUGUCAGCUGUCUGAUUCCGGCAACUUCAAGUAAGCAGAGAAGAAAGGAGGGUUUUUGUCUAAUGAUCGAGAAUCUCCAUUCAGAGAGCUAAACAUCAAGAACAGGCGAACCAUGGGUGGAGGAGGGACGGUGGAGGAGGAGGGAGGCCGGUGGCCACCGUGGCUGCGGCCGCUUCUGUCGACGAACUUCUUCGUCCAAUGCAAGUACCACGCUGAUUCCCACAGGAACGAAUGCAACAUGUACUGUCUCGAUUGCAUGAGCGGCGCCCUCUGUUCCUUCUGUCUCGACCGCCACUGCGGCCACCACCCGAUUCAGAUACGGAGGUCUUCCUACCACGACGUGAUCAGAGUUUCCGAGAUCCAGAAGGUGCUGGACCUCACCGGCGUGCAGACGUACAUCAUCAACAGCGCCCGCGUCGUCUUCCUCAACGAACGCCCCCAGCCGAGGCCGCGCAAGGGCGUCACCAACAACUGCGAGGUCUGCGGCCGGAGCCUGCUCGACUCCUUCCGCUUCUGCUCCCUCGGCUGCAAGAUGGCCGGCACCGCACCAGACCGCAAGAGGAAGAACAAAAUCCUACACGAGGCCAUCAAGAUAAAGUCAACGACGGAGUCAGACACAGAUGAGUCUUACACGAGCACCAGCCGUGGCAGCGAGAAGAGCAAUGUGACACACAGCUUCACUCCGUCGACGCCGCCGCCGACCGCCGCCAGCCUCAGCAGCGCCAAGAGAAGGAAGGGCAUCCCCCAUAGGGCUCCCUUCGGAAGCCUGAUACUGGAGUUCUAGUCGCUCACCUACUCCACCACGAGUUCCAAUGGAGUAGUAGCACAAUCACAUAGUUACCGCGGCAGGAAAAAAGAGCAGAACAGGUGAAGGCAUCUUUAAAGCAAGUGUUCGAGGCAUUGUCGUUGUGGUGAUAAAUAACUGGUAGUUAUUUCAGAGAGUUGUACAGUAAAAAGUAUGUUGUUUGAAGGCUCUGGUAACUGUAAAUAUCGAAGGGAAGGGUUACGUGCGUGUCUAAAAACCACGGGCACUCCAUAUAGUAAUAAAGAAGGUUUCUUUAUUUACA